CCCAUCUUCUAUUUUGUGUGUUUUGCAGCAUCAUCUAUUGCCUGGAUUUUUGCCUACAAUUGCUCCUGCUGCAUUCGCUUAAUCAGCGCAAACAUGAAUAGAAAAACUACGCCUGUCAUCUCUUUAUCAACCUUAAGACGAAGGACACGUGUAGACGUUCAAAAAAGGCUUCAUCAGAUUCAGACAGACAUGACAGACAUGACAUACAUGACAGACAUGACAGGAAUAGGGGCAGAUGACAGAGUUCUUUCUGAGAACACUGCCCAAUCCUCUUCAGCUGCACAUGCAAUGCCAGAGGUGCACGUUUUUACAGAGGAUGACAUGGAAUUGGAGGCAGAUUUUGAUAACGUGUAUUGGGAUGAGUGUGAUGGGGAUGGGACAUCAGGUUCGGAUUGUGAAAAUGAUGACCCAACAUCACUUUCUGAUGACAUUGCCAACUGGGCAGUGAGUUUUGGCAUUUCCAUGGUUGCCCUAACUGCACUGUUGAGUUUACUCCAUCUAACCCAUCCCAAUCUGCCAAAGGAUGGAAGGACCCUUCUCAAAACGAAAGUCCAAUAUUCUAUUCAGGAGAAGGCUGGGGGGAACUACCAUCACUUUGGCAUCCUUUCCUCCUUGAAUGCCACUCUAAGUAGAUAUGCCAAAACAUUGGCAGAGGGCAUGACAUUGGGGUUGCAGAUUAAUAUAGAUGGACUUCCUUUAUUUAAAAGUUCCACUGUACAGCUGUGGCCCAUCCUUGGCCUACUGGUUACCGUCCCCACGAAGGAACCAGUUGUCAUUGGGGCGUACUGUGGACCAAAAAAACCUAGUUCGGCCACAGAGUUCCUAUCUGAUUUUGUCACAGAACUACAUGAGCUAGAGGCUGGGUUUUGCUUUGAAGAUAAGUAUCUUAAAAUUGAGCUUCACACAGUAAUCUGUGAUACCCCUGCACGGGCCUUUGUGAAAAAUACUAAAGCCCACAAUGCUUACCAUGGGUGCGAUAAGUGCCUACACCCAGGGCAAUACCACAACCGGCGUAUGUCGUUCCCUGGACCAGAGCACCCCCUUAAAACUGACAUCUCAUUUAACCUGAAGGUUGAUGAAUUACAUCACCAUGAAGGGCCACAUCCAUUUCAACGCGUCAAGGUUGGCAUGGUAACGCAGUUUCCCUUAGAUUAUAUGCAUCUAGUGUGUUUGGGCAUUGUAAGGAAACUGCUCCUAACUUGGCUCCGAGGUCCGUUAACCGUAAGACUGCCGGCAUUAAUAGCAGAGAGGAUGUCAGCCAAACUCCAGUCCAUGAGGCCCUACGUGCCAAUUGAGUUUUCCAGGAGACCAAGGUCGCUUAGGGAGUUGGACCGUUGGAAGGCAACUGAAUUCCGACAGUUCUUACUGUACACUGGCCCUGUGGUGCUGGCAGGAUUUCUUGGAUCGGAACAUGUACUGUAA